AUGCCUCGACCGGGAAAAGAUUCCUACGACGAACAGGCCAUAGCGCUUCAGAAACCACCCUAUUCUUACAUUUGGUUAACUUAUAUGGCGAUCCAGAACUCUGAGGAAAAAAUGCUUCCGUUAACAGACAUUUACAAAUUCAUUAUGGACAAGUUUCCCUUCUACAGAAAAAACACGCAAAGGUGGCAGAACUCAUUGCGUCAUAAUCUUUCAUUUAACGACUGUUUUAUUAAAAUUCCCCGCCGACCUGAUCGUCCUGGAAAGGGUUCAUACUGGGCUGUCCAUCCGAACGCACUCGGCAUGUUCGAGAACGGCAGUUGCUUGCGAAGGAGGAAACGAUUCAAGGUAUGUAAACCACCUUUCUUCAAUUACUCACACCAGUACAAAUAUAAUGCACUCGUUCUUUCGAUUCAGCACUGUAUGCCAAGCUCUUAA